AUGAAAAUCGUUUCGAUCAUCUUAUCCCUGCUGCUUUUAUUUUUUAUUAACUUAUUCUUCGUCAAAUCGAUAUACAAAAAUGAGCAGAGUUACAACGUACCACUAAACGUCCUAUUCAGUAAGGGAAAGCACAUUCGGAAGAGGUUGUGCAAUGAAUGCUUUUUUAAAAAUGAAGUAAAUAUGAUAUACAAUAGUUGCCGUGCUUUGGAGAGUGUGAAUUAUCAUAACUUUAAUCGUAGCAAAAUUUUUUUGUUUGUAAAAGAAUCUCCAAAAAUGCUGAAAAGAUAUGUUAGCUUGAGGUCGUUGUCCAAAUUUUCAGACUUUUUAUCUGUCCGCUUUUUGACAACGUUUUUUUCGGAUAGGACGUCUCUGCUCACUAACUGGUUUUACCUGUUGGAGGGCACCUACAUAAAGAACAAUAUUUUGCGUGGUCUCGUUGGGUUCUUCGGCACCCUCGUGCUGCGUUUCCUGGUUGUGUACCUUUUGCAGCUGGCCGCGUCCUUCUUCCUGUUCCACUACGUUAACAUCGUUUCUCAAAAGACACAGGCCUACAUUUUAGAAGUGAGUGGCUCCAACUACGUCUCCAGGAUAAUAGGCUUUUUCCAACUGAACCUGGUCAAUUAUUAUGGAAAUGUGGCAUGCGAAUUUGUGCAAGCAGUCCUCAUACGAGCUCUCUUUAAUCAGUACGAGGGACAACUAGUCAAGACCAUCAUAUAUAACAGCUCCGAUUAUUAUAUAAAUACGAAGCUAACAAAUAAGUAUGAGAUUUUGUAUCAGUGCACGAAGAAAUUCGUUCUGACUAGAAUCAACAAGCUGAGUCUCUUUACAUUUAAUUACUUGCGCUACUUUGUGCUCACUAAUUUGUUCUUUAAGGCUUCGGGCGGCACGUACAACAAAUUUUCGCCGAGCGACGUGAAGAUGCCGGGGGUGUACUCCAACCCAAAAAAGAGCCUAAACAAAGACAUGAAGUACGCCACGAAAAAGGAAAUAGAAGUACUGAGGAGGUUCUGUAAAGAAACGGGCUGCCACACAUGCGGAGUCAGUUGCCAUGAUAGGUUCAUAGGAGAUCACCAACCACCUGUACAAGUCAUUAAAGACAUGAUCGAUUAUUACAAAAAAAGGAAGUUCCUUCGAUCCGUACUCAAAUUUUUUAAAUUAUAUGACACCAAGCAGAGAUUAUAUCCACAGUGUGUUCGCUGCUCCCAAUUACAGGCAGCUUCUGUGAGGAGCAAAAAAUUGAGACUCAUUCCUCACUACAACACGAUUAGGCUUUUCCAUGCCUCCUCUGUUUUUCACUUAGCACUCAAAAUGCUUCUGCUUACGCAGUGGAAUAAGAUAGUCUUUUGGGACGGCGACAAUGUGCGAUGA